AUGGCUCUUGUUGUUCACACAAGGAUUCAUACUGGAGAGAAACCUCAUUGCUGUUCUGAAUGUGGCAGGCGAUUUUCACAAAUCAGCCAUCUUCAGCAACAUAUGAGAAUUCACACUGACUGUGGAAGACGAUUGUCAGUAAGCAGCAGUCUUCAUACCGACAGGAGAAUUCACACCGGCAAGAAGCCAUAUUGCUGUUCUGAAUGUGGGAAAGGAUUCUCUUGCAGUGACCAUCUUCAGAAGCACACAAGAAUUCAUACUAGAGAGAAACGAUACUGCUGUUCAGAAUGUCGUAAAGAAUUCUCUAAUCAUACUGCUCUUGUAAUGCACCAAAGAAUUUACACUGGAGAGAAACCAUAUUGCUGUCCUGAUCUUCGGAGGCAUACAAGAAUUCAUACUGGGGAAAAACCCUAUUGUUGCUAUGACUGUGGAAAGCGAUUUUCUUUAAGCAGCAGUCUUUUGACACACAGAAGAAUUCACACGGGAGAAAAGCCAUAUUGCUGCUCAGAAUGUGGUAAACGAUUCUCUUGCAGUAACCAUCUUCAGACUCACAAAAGAAUUCACACUGGUGAAAAGCUAUACAGAUGUCCUGAAUGUGGCAAAUGA